ACGCCUGUGUCCAUUGGAUAGAAAGUAUACAGUUUCUAAACGUCUCUUCCAUUGGCUGAACAAGUACAAGCAUUGAAGAAUGUUCUCGUAGAUUCUAGGUAUCAGAGUGUGUGUAGUAUAUAAUCCGAUUGUCGGUUCUGUGUACGUUAUGUCAUUUUCGUUUCGUGAUAAACCAAGACUAAGUGAACGAUUACGUGGUAAGUCGGGCGAUGAAAUAUUAAAUGAAUUAAAAGAACACCUUGAUCAGGAUAGAAAAAUGUUUUUUGAUAAUGGUCCGAGAUGGCGAUCAACACCGAUGACUGGCCCAUUUUCAAGAACUGGAUUCCCGUUUGAAGACGACACGAUGUCUAGAGGGCGUCAGGACAUAAGGUCACAUUUGGACGACUUGGCACAGCGUCACCCAGAAUUUGCCGAUCACUUGCGAUGUCCGCCAUGGGCCGGCGAGAUGGGAGGCGCCCAUACGUGGGGACGGAAGCGACGCGGGUCAGGAUCAGGAGACGACGAUGCCCGAAGCCAGGCCAGUGGUGCCAGCAGUUCCAGUAGUGAACACCAGGAACAGGGGGAGGAACCAGGUCCCCUUCGUGGGCGAUCUCGUCAGGGAAACAUUCCUCAACAUGGACUGAGGAAUACGGUUGACCUUGGACAGCAGCAGCAUGAAUCUGAGCAAGAGAAACAAGGUCGCGGUCAAAGGUCAAUGUCUGCACCGCCUGACAACCGUUCACAGCAGCCGCAGCGCUACGUGUCUCGCAUUGAGAUCAAUCCGGUUAACCCUGCAGACCCGGCGUCAGUUGCUGGUCCAGGGACUGUUACUUCAGAAAGCCAUGGGAAACCGCCGGUGGCACCAAAACAACCACAGCCACAGCCACAGCCGGCCACAUCUACAAAACAGGCACAUACCGGGAAUGUGAGACACAUUCCGAUUUUUGUUGAGGGAAGAGAUGAGCCGAUACUUCCCAGGAACGUCGGGCCAGAGAAUGUAGAGCGGGUCUUCUCAUCACAGGUUCCGCAGCCUGGAGCGGAGCAGGCGUUCCCUCCCCAAGAAUCGCCACACGGCUUUGGUCGACCCCCUCAGUUCGCUUCGCAGCGGCAGUUCUACCCUCAGCACCAACCACCAGAAGGCGGUAGAAAUUUUCAACAGCCGUCGUCUCCCAAACAGCAGCAGCAGCCCGAGGCUCCUGCGGCCAGCGACGCCAUUUCCCGAGUCCAAACCAUACAAAAAGAUGUGGAGGAGUUGCAGGCCCAGGUGAACAAGUUCUCUGGCCUCUCGAGGAGGGACAAGGAGUACGUCUACCUUGACGAAAUGCUGACAAGAAACCUCUUGAAGCUCGAUGACAUCGUUACGGAAGGCAGACACGACGUGCGUCAGGCACGCAAAGAGGCCAUCCGAACCAUUCAGGGGUGCAUUAGUCUGCUCGAAGGGAAAGUUCCUGUGCCUGAAGAAAACAAAGAGGCGGCCAUGGACAUCGGAGAAGCAUGUCAGCCGUGCGAGGCUUCAGAAGGCACGGCGACGGAAGAAACUCCUGCCGAGGGCGCGAUGGAAGUAGUGCCGGCCGAGGACGAUAGAGUUUCGCGGGCUGUGACGGCGAAGCCCCUCGAGCAGCAGAUCAGUGAGGGCGCGGAGGUUAAAUCCGGUGAAGUGAGUGAGCUGGUUCCGGCGGAAGUGGGCGAACAGGAACCGCGGGCAGGCGAAGGUGGCGAGAAAGUUGCGUCUGUGGCUGAAGAUGAGGCAGGGGAAGUCCCUGCUCCUGAAAACACAGACUCCAAGGCGCCACCUCAACCACAAGUUGAGAACUCUAGUUAGACGCUGAUCUAAUUCAGUUCAGUGAACUGUUUCAUUACCAAAUAUAAGUAAAUUAUUGAACAUGUGUUGUGUAGUUCGCAUGAGUCUUACUUAUCUCUCGUUCUCUAUUUAUUUCAUUAGAAUAAUUUGAGACUAAUCCUGGAUGCUGCGUUUGUUACUAGCAAACAUUUGUAUGAAAUGCGCGUGCCAAAGAUGAAAAUGGGAGAGGACGUAAGCGAAUUUUAAUUCUCGAAGGUGGUAGCACUUUCUGUUUUGGCAAGGAUAAAAUUCAUUAGCUGCUUUUAUGUUGGCACUUCCACAUUCCCAGAUUUGCUGCGUGCUUGCCUAGGCCAGGCCAGAGCUGCUAAUUUUCACUGUAGUCUCCACCUGUGAUAUUUCAUAAACGCGGCUCUGCAAUUAUUCAAGGUCACUAUGCAAAUUGCCUUGCGUCAGAGAGAAGGUUAUGGUUAUCGUAGUAGUCGCUUCCAAAACAUUGAUAUUACGUAGAAUUCACUGAUUUAUAUUUUCAAUGUGUGUAUAAAAUCAGAAUGUAAGUAAUAAAAAGUGGUUCAUUAAACAUUAUUUUUUUUCUCCGA